GAUACAUAACAAUUUUCCUUGCAGAAUUUUUCUCGUUUCAUUCAUUCAAAAUUAUUAUAUUUCUCUAUCCAUGAAAGAAGAUUAAGUAAGGAGGAAAUGAAUUUUCAAAAUUUGAAUCGUUUGAACGCCCUAGCAAACGUGGUCUCGGGAAACUUUUUGCCGAUGACGAAUAUAAAUGAGAAAUCGUCCGUAAUUUCGAAAAUCUAUUUCGUCAUCGUUUGGAUAAUACAACUGAUGUACCUGGCUUCCUGCACCCUCGGACUUUUCAACGUGUCGUGGGAAAGAGCGUUGAAGGAUGGCACAGUGAACAUGGUGCUCUUGCUCGAAGUGAUAAUCUUGAACGUAUAUUUGCACAGUCGUAAAAAGUUGUUGCGUGAAUUGAUCGGCAAGUUGAAUCAGAUUCUGAUCAACGAGGACGAAAUAUUUCGUAACGUGACAAUCAGCACGACGAAAAUGUUGGAAAAACCUUCGAGGAUAUAUAUAAUUGUUAACGUUAUUUCGAUUAUCGUUUGGAUAUCGUCGCCUUUGAUCAAAUUGUUUCAAAAGGAUGAGUUUUAUCACGAGGAUUUCGUAAUGCCAGCCGUUUUCUCCAACCAACCUUUCUCAACGGGUGUUUUUAUUUCCGGCGUUUUCCUUCAGUUGUUCGGCGGUGAAUAUUUGUUGUUUAGGAAGAUCAGUCUGGACCUGUACACGAUGCAUUUGAACCUUUUAAUAACGUCACAAUACAAGUAUCUUAGAAUCAAAUUUGCUACUAUACUCAAAGAAAAUGGUGAAAGUGCAAAGGACAAUGAUAAAACGAUCAGGCAGGAAAUGAAGUUGUUAAUCCGCCAUUUUGAAACUGUAAUCGAGAUGACUGGUAUAUUGAAGAAAUUGCUUUCUCCGAAUAUUGGAAUUCUUUACUUAAACUACGUUUUUCGAUUCUGCUUUCUCAGUUUUAUGUUCGCAACGACUUCGCUUUCGGAAAAACUUACGUAUACGAUAAUUGUUUCAUAUACAACCGGUGCUUUGAUACAAUUUUACAUAUUGUGUUAUUGCAUUCAAGAUUUAUUUGAAGCGAGUACAUCUAUAGCAGAUGAUGUGGUGUAUGAAAAAUGGUACUCUUACGACGUACGCUUUCAACGCGUAAUUCUUAUGAUAAGUUUGGCUAACGAAUUAAAGUGUAAAAUAUCCAAUUUUCAAAAUAUUGAUUUAACGUUACCAUCUUUUAUGUCGGUAGGUCUUUAUGAUUGUAUUAUAUUAAAAUAA